CUUGCCCACAGCAUUGAGGGCCAAGAGGAUGAGGAUGCAGAGGGGCUGGACCGUGCAGGUAGCCCUGUUGGUGCUGGGGCUGCUCAGCCUGAUGACUCCACUUACCUGUGCCCAGGACCAGAGGUACCAAGAUUUGGUGAAUAGAUUCAUUCAGGAAUACAACACGAAGUCUGGAUCAGAAAACCUAUUUCGACUCUCAAUCCUGAAUCUGCAAUCUGGGGAAAACAAUGAUCCUGCUGCUCCUCCACUUCUGAGCUUCACCAUCAGAGAGACCGUGUGCCCCAAUACUGAAAAUCGCGAUCCAGAUGAAUGUGACUUCAAGGAAAAUGGGGUGGUGAAAGAAUGUCUUGGAGCCAUUGCCCUGGAUUCUCCUAAGCCCUCUGCUAAUAUUUCCUGUGAUGGGCCUGAAAAGACCAAGAGACGUAAAUUUUUCCGUAGCAUCCGGAAAAGAAUCAAGAAACUGAGAAAGAGCAUUAAAAAAAGAUUAAAGAAACUUCCAUUUGAGGUCCCACUGGUCUUUUCAAUUCCUUUCUGAGACUGAGCCUCAGUUUCUGUUUAAGGCCCUGCGCUCGGCCUUGUGCUCCUCAGAUUAAUAAACUCCAGUUUUAUUCUC